AUGCCGACUAUUGCUCGGUUCCGUACGCUGUGGGGGAUUCCGGCCGGGGACCAGUUCGCUAACUGGAUUGCCAUUUUCCCUGACCUGAAGGCAAAGGGCUACACCGGAGUUGAAAUAGACUACAGUGCGAUUCCAACCCAAGAGCUGCCCCAGCUUAGACGAAUUCUCGACCAGUUUGGCUUCCAGCUUGUUGCGCAAAUUAUGUCAUCUUGGCAAGGAUACACCGGCCCCAGACCACCAGGUCUGACCCCCAAAGAUCAUCUUGACUUCUACCGCAAGUCCCUUGAGCGCGCACAAAUCCUUAAGCCGGUCAAGGUGAAUGCUCAGUCGGGGAGCGAUGUUUGGACCCUUGACCAGUCCGUCGAUUUCUACCGGGGUACUUUUAAGAUUGACGAGGAGCUGGGCUUUGCUGGCAGAGUGACGCAUGAGACGCAUCGAAAUCGGUCACUGUUCACCCCUUACGCGACGAAGUACAUCCUGGAAAAGGUACCGAAUCUCCGAAUCACCGCCGACAUAUCUCACUGGGUCGUCGUCUCUGAGAGACUCUUAGACGAGUCACAAGAAGACCAAGAAAUUCUCGAGAAGGUCGUUCCUCAUGUUUAUCAUGUUCACGCUCGGAUCGGCACGACCCAGGGUUCUCAGUGCGCUGAUCCGUCGGACCCAAUCUACACCCCCGAGCGGGAAUUCUUCGAGAGGUUCUGGACCAAAGUCAUCCAGCACAGCGCCACUCGCGGCGCCGACUACCAAAUUACAUUUACCCCAGAAUACGGGCCGUACCCUUAUCACCCCCAUCACAGUCCCCGAGUGUACACGGAGGUUGCGGACACCGAAGGUACUCGACUAGAGGGGCUUUUUCUGGCAGCCUUGUGA